AGGGCUACCCCCGCCCCCGCCACGCGUGCGCUCGCCCAGAGUACGGAAGCCGAGAGGGUCUGGCGCAGCCAUGGCGGCGCACCUGAAAAAGCGGGUGUAUGAGGAGUUCACGAAAGUGGUUCAGCAACAGCAGGAGGAAAUCGCCACCAAGAAGCUCCGGCUGACAAAGCCUAGCAAGUCUGCCGCCCUCCACAUCGACCUGUGCAAAGCCAGCUCCCCAGCAGACGCUCUGCAGUACCUCCUCCAGUUUGCCAGGAAGCCUGUGGAGGCUGAAAGCGUGGAGGGGGUAGUCAGGAUUCUCCUGGAGCAUUAUUAUAAGGAAAAUGAUCCAUCUGUGAGACUGAAAAUUGCAUCAUUGUUGGGCUUGUUAUCAAAGACGGCAGGAUUCUCUCCAGACUGCAUAAUGGAUGACACCAUUAACAUCCUACAGAAUGAAAAGUCUCACCAAGUCCUGGCUCAACUGUUAGACACCCUGCUUGCAAUAGGCAGUAAACUACCAGACAAUCAAGCUACCCAGGUGCGCUUAGUGGAUGUGGCCUGCAAGCACCUGACAGAUACAUCCCAUGGUGUAAGAAAUAAGUGCCUGCAGUUACUUGGCAACCUUGGCUCGUUGGAGAAAAAUGUCACAAAAGAUGCUGAAGGCUUAACUGCCAGAGAUGUCCAGAAGAUUAUCGGGGACUACUUUAGUGACCAGGACCCACGUGUCAGAACAGCAGCUAUAAAAGCCAUGGCCUGUAAGCUGCUGUCUGAUGACUACGAGCAGGUGCGCAGUGCUGCGGUGCAGCUCAUCUGGGUUGUCAGUCAGCUCUACCCCGAGAGUAUUGUUCCAAUACCUUCCUCUAAUGAAGAAAUUCGCUUAGUUGAUGAUGCAUUCGGGAAAAUUUGCCACAUGGUCAGUGAUGGCUCCUGGGUAGUUCGUGUUCAAGCGGCAAAGCUAUUGGGCUCUAUGGAGCAAGUCAGUUCUCAUUUCCUGGAGCAGACUCUUGACAAGAAGCUGAUGUCAGAUCUAAGGAGGAAACGCACUGCACACGAGCGUGCCAAGGAACUCUACAGUUCAGGAGAGUUUUCCAGCGGCAGGAAAUGGGGAGAUGAUGCUCCCAAGGAAGAAAUAGAUACAGGGGCUGUGAACUUGAUAGAGUCAGGAGCGUGUGGAGCCUUUGUCCAUGGGCUGGAAGAUGAGAUGUACGAGGUUCGCAUUGCUGCUGUGGAGGCUCUCUGCAUGCUGGCUCAGUCUUCACCCUCCUUUGCUGAGAAGUGCCUUGACUUCCUAGUUGACAUGUUUAAUGACGAAAUUGAGGAAGUGCGUCUGCAGUCCAUACAUACCAUGAGGAAAAUCUCUAACAAUAUCACCCUCCGAGAAGACCAGCUUGAUACCGUCCUGGCCGUAUUAGAGGACUCGUCCAGGGAUAUUAGAGAAGCCCUCCACGAACUCUUGUGCUGUACCAACGUUUCAACAAAGGAAGGCAUUCAUCUUGCCCUGGUGGAGCUGCUAAAAAACCUAACCAAGUACCCUACCGACAGGGACUCCAUAUGGAAGUGCUUGAAGUUCCUGGGGAGCCGGCAUCCGACCCUUGUGCUUCCUUUGGUGCCCGAGCUCUUGAGCACCCACCCGUUUUUUGACACAGCUGAGCCAGACAUGGAUGACCCGGCGUACAUUGCAGUCUUAGUUCUUAUCUUCAAUGCUGCUAAAACCUGCCCUACAAUGCCGGCGCUGUUCUCGGACCACACCUUCAGGCACUACGCCUACCUGCGAGACAGCCUUUCUCAUCUUGUUCCUGCCCUGAGGUUGCCAGGGAGAAAACUGGUGUCAUCAGCCGUCUCUCCUGCCAUCACCCCCCAUGAAGACCCUUCCCAGCAGUUCCUGCAGCAGAGCCUCGACAGGGUGUACAGUGUUCAGCACCUAGAUCCGCAGGGGGCCCAGGAGCUGCUGGAGUUCACCAUCAGAGAUCUGCAGAGACUUGGAGAACUUCAGUCUGAAUUGGCAGGGGUGGCCGACUUCUCUGCUGCCUAUCUUCAGUGUCAGCUGCUCCUUAUUAAGGCUUUGCAGGAGAAGCUGUGGAAUGUGGCUGCCCCCCUAUAUCUAAAGCAGAGUGAUUUGGCCUCAGCAGCAGCAAAACAGAUCAUGGAAGAAACCUAUAAAAUGGAGUUUAUGUACAGCGGGGUGGAGAAUAAGCAGGUGGUCAUCAUACACCACAUGAGGCUCCAGGCCAAAGCCCUGCAACUGAUAGUCACUGCACGGACCACGCGAGGAGUUGACCCCUUAUUUGGAAUGUGUGAAAAGUUUUUACAGGAAGUGGAUUUUUUUCAGAGGUGCUUCGUUGCCGAUUUGCCCCAACUUCAUGACAGCUUUGUGGACAAACUUCUUGAUAUUAUGCCCCGACUCAUGGCGUCUAAACCUCUGGAAGUGAUCAAAAUUCUGCAGACAAUGCUGCGGCAGAGCCCCUUCCUCCAUCUCCCGCUCCCGGAGCAGAUCCACAAAGCCUCCGCCACCAUCAUCGAGCCCGCAGGCGAGUCAGACAACCCUUUGCGGUUUACAUCUGGGUUGGUGGUAGCCUUGGAUGUGGACGCAACCCUGGAACAUGUGCAAGACCCUCAGAACACUGUUAAGGUCCAGGUCUUGUACCCUGAUGGCCAGGCUCAGAUGAUCCACCCGAAGCCAGCAGACUUUCGGAACCCUGGCCCCGGCCGGCACCGCCUCAUCACUCAGGUGUACCUAUCCCACACUGCCUGGACAGAGCCAUGCCAAGUGGAAGUGCGGCUGCUGCUGGCCUACAACUCUGGUGCACGCAUCCCCAAAUCUCCAUGGAUGGAGGGUGGUGAGAUGUCACCCCAGGUGGAGACCAGCAUUGAGGGCACCAUCCCCUUCAGUAAGCCCGUGAAAGUUUACAUCAUGCCCAAGCCUGCAAGACGCUGACCCCAACCAGUUUUCACAGCCACGGCCUAGGAGCCCUUUCCGGGUACCCGUGAGCAGAAGCCUGGUGCGUCACCUGGAAGUGUGUAGGCAUGAAGAACGUACCAGCCUUAUAAUCCCUUUCAGUACCGUACACAGGGUCAAUCAUUUUUACAUUAAUAACAGAAAUAUUCUGGUUUAUCUCUUCCGUUCCCAUAAUAAAGUUGAGAAAACA